AUGCACAUCGGUGGGUCAAUCCUCAUGAUGGACAAUAUUGCAGACGGAACACUCCAGAUACCAUCACCGCAAAUCAAACCAGAAGCAACCGCACCCGCAAACUCCUCUGACUCCUUACGGUUCACCAUCUCCCAUACAAACAAGAUGACAGUCCCGAUAAACAUGUCAAUCGCGAAGUAUGCCCCAAUGUAA